GCUAGUACUAGUCGUGGACCCUGUAAAGAUGGCGACAGCAAUAUACCUGGAACAUUACCUAGACAGUAUUGAAAACCUUCCCUGCGAACUCCAGAGAAACUUCACUCUGAUGCGUGAAUUGGACAAUAGGGCUGAAGAAAAGAAGGGAGAAAUUGAUAAGCUGGCAGGGGAGUACAUCACAAAUGUUAAGAACCUGGCAUCAGAGCAGAGAGUUGAGCACCUACAGAAGCUUCAGUCCGCCUACACGAAGUGCAAAGAAUACAGCUCUGACAAAGUGCAGCUUGCCAUGAAAACAUAUGAAGUGGUGGAUAAGCAUAUCUGCAGGCUGGAUGCUGACCUGGCCCGCUUUGAGAAGGAGCUGAAGGAGAAGCUGGCAGUGAGCAGCCAAGAGAGCCCUGAAGGGAGAGCACUGAAGAAGGACAUCAGGAGCCUCAAGGACAAGAAAGGCCCCAAGGGGAGAGGUCAGAAAGUGUCAGAGGAGGACUCACCAAGGAAGAAAAAAUUUAAACAUAGCAGGCCAGAGAUUAAAGACUCUGUUCUGGCAGUGCAUUCAUCAGAUGUAUUGGACAUGCCGGUAGAUCCCAACGAGCCUACUUAUUGCUUGUGUCAUCAAGUGUCGUACGGAGAAAUGAUUGGAUGCGAUAACCCUGAUUGUCCAAUAGAGUGGUUUCACUUCGGAUGUGUUGACCUUUCUACAAAGCCUAAAGGGAAAUGGUAUUGUCCUUGCUGUGUUGAGGAAAAGAAAAAAAUUUGAGAAGACUUCGGAGAGAGAAACCUUUCUAUGUAUAUUAUAUACUCUAUGUAUUUUGUUUGCACAGUAAAAGUUUAAAGCUAUAUGAUUUCACCAUGAUUUUGUGGUGAGGGAAAAAUGUUUUAUUUUUUAAUUACAUUUUUUACUUGAAAUGUACCAGUUCUAGUGGGGUUUUAGUAUUUGGCAAACACAUAUGUCAAGUCAUAGUUGAAUCACAGAACCAUUACUAUGACCGGUCAUUUUCCUCUAGUUUAAUUCAGUGUUAAUUACAGGCACCUGGCUAAGGAAAGCUUAGUUUCUUUCCCAGUGUCACUUCUGAUCUUUACCACUUCCUGCCUUGCAGAGGAAAUAUAAUAAUCACUUGAACAGCGGGACACACUGCAGAAACUACUAGUGUCGUUAGGCCACCGAAGCUCAAAGAUGGCCCAACUAUGACCAACGGCCGACGGUCAGCUUGGUGUGUCCUGGCCUUUAGGCUUGAACCCUAAAAUACAGGAAUGAGAAACAUUCAAAUUCAAGCUUGAAGUCCUGAAUUAUAUACUCCAGCAUGUUUUGACAUCCUGGGUCCCCUACUCAUUUGAGUGUUGUGCUAAUGAAGAAUUGUGCAAAGCAACAAUUUAUCAUGCAUUAAUAUUUCAGCUCCCUUCUUUUCAGUCCAUGAAAUUGUGAUCCUGAAAUGGCUGGGGUGUUUAGCGGGACCAGUGCACGGUGCACAGGGAGUUCAGGAUAAGAUUGUAGAGGGGGGAUUUGUAGUUCUGUUCAGUUCUGUAUUUUAAGCAAAGAGAAGGCCCUUUGCAUGAGGCGGAACCCCACGCACAGUGAAUAUCCUUCGUAUAGGAAUGGCAGCACUCUUGCUUGUUUAUAACAUUUCCAUUUUAAAGGAGGCACAAAAGGAAAUAAAAACAGCAUUCACAGUUGUUAGCUAUUUUAAAAGCUAUUUUGAGUGGUUUUGUAAUGUCUCAUGGCCAAAAGAUUGUAAUGCAUCUUGACCAAAACAUGAUUAAAAUGUGACUUGAUUAUUUUACAUUUGUAUUGCAUAACCCAGUAUAGCUUUCUUUAGUUGUAGCAGACACAUUCAUUUAAAGAUAGUUUACUUUUUUAGUUUUAGUGUGUGCUUUUGUUUGGUCCAGACAGUUUUUGUGCUCCUGCAGGGUUUACAAUGGCAGUUAUAGGGCAUUCUGGGAUUUGUCAUCUCAAGCAAUAAAAUAUACUUCAACUAACUCUAGAGCAGUUGACAUAGUUAUGUUACCAAAAACCCCAGAAACUGAGGUACCCCUGUAAAUAUAUUCAUGACUGUGUGCUUAAGCCACCAAAUAAAUCUGUUAUGAUUUUAGCACAUAGAGCAAGGGUCUACACUAACAUUUAGUAGCAUGUGCUCCUAAGUCAAAAUAAUUUGGAGUGCUGUAUGUAUAAAGUAGAUGUGGUCCAAAAUAUUUUUUCAAGUUAGCACACAUCAAAUUUCAGGGGCAAAUGCUCCUAAGUUGGAGAAGGUACCCAUUCUAUACUAUUCCUGUUUGAUCAUUCAAAAACCACUGAUUAUGAGGAUCACUUUCUUUUUCUUUUUUUGUGUUCUUUUUUUCAAACAGCUCACACAAUUUCUGUGUGCAGUGAAGGAUUCUUAAAACAUAUUUCCAGGAGUUAUAGGUUAUAGGUGUGUAUAUUACCUGAAUAGUCUUCAAAAAUUAUGCUUCAUUGUAUUAUGGGUUGGAACCAUUUCCUAUGGCACAUGUAACCUGCACUUAAGGAAAUUGUGCUCUCAUAUUAUCACAACUACAUGGGCAACUUCGGAGUGAAGAGCUUGCUCUGAAGAACUGAGAAGGCACUAUAUAAAAAUGUCAUUUAUGUUUAUAAUUGUGAAUAAAUGCUGUAAAUUUGA